AAGGGUUUUAAUUCCACUUCAUUUACAGGUAAAUAACGCUACAGUUCGUAAGAUAAAUUUUCAAUAAUUGACAGUUUUCGAGCACAUUGAAUUCAAUGAUAUCUCAUCACAUAAUGAGGAGAAGGCUACACUGAUUGGAUCUAGUCAUCAUCCUAAGAAGAAAGGGAGGAGUCAGACGUAUAUUGCUCGGUGUUCACUAUAAAAUGGGCAACUCGAUGUGUUUUUUCAGCACUCGUUUUGCAUCCGUGCUGUUGAGUGUAACUAUUUGCCGGGUAUACUUUAGGCAUCAACAAUGCUGGCACUAAGGCUUCUAGCAGUCGCUAUUGUUCUGUGUGUGAUAACACAACUUCUAAGAGCCGAACCAGACGAUCGGGGCAUUGAUCGAGAUAGACGGGGAGCACUCAGAGAACCUAAUGACCAAGCGAUUGCUAAAGCUAAUAGGGAAGGAAAAGCUGCAAGUGCCAGUGUUGGUGGUGUUUCUAUACAUAUCCACACCCUUGACUGCAUUGGACUUGCAACAGUUGGUGCUGGUGGAGAGGACCUAGCGGUUGGUCAUACUACCAUUGUUAUAACUGCUAUUAUUCAUAAGAAAAGCCACCCCUUCGAUGGACUAGGACUGAUCAAUCACGACGAGAAAAACAAAGCGGAUACAACAUGAUAAUAAUGAAC